CCGAAGAAGAAGAAACAGAAGUCAUUUUGUAUUUUCGUUCGUUUAACAUGUUUCAGGUGUUCAGUUUAUUUAUGCCCGUCACAGAGUUUUAAGGGUAACGUUUGUACUUUGCAUCGUUAGCGAGGAGGUACUUAUUAGUAGUGACAGCAUGAUGAACUAUUCCGACUAUGACUCUGAUGGAUAUUCGUCGAAUGAAGAUGCAGACUAUGUCCCAUCAGAUGAUAACCUCAGCGAGGAUGACAUAAAUGAGUGUGAGAAGGAGGAGCCUCUUCGUGAGGAUGACAGUGUGCCCCAUUCUGAGCUCAUCAGCAAGAAAAAAAAGAAAAAGGACAUCAGUGUGAGAAAGAGGAAGAAGAGAUUACUGAAAGUAGACGACAAAGAUGAAGAUGUUGGUGGAGCUAAAGAGGCGGAUAACCCACAAGAAGAAGUGAAAACACCCACUAAGGCAAAGGCUCAGGAUGAUGAAGCAAAACAGAAGAAAAAGUCAGAUGAACUUUGGGCCAGUUUCUUAUCUGACGUUGGAUCCAGACCCAAAGAGUCUGCACCACAGUCGGGUACCGCACAGAAGGAUGAUUCCACAGUUUCCAAGACUGUUUCUAUGGUGACUGAAACGAAGCCGUCAGGUCCCGCUAAAGUCACCAUCACCAAAGUUUUUGACUUUGCAGGCGAGGAAGUUCGGGUGAAUAAAGAGGUUUCAGCUGACUCCAGGGAAGCAAAGAGUUAUCUCAAGAGCCAGAGCAUCAAAGAGGACGAGAAGAGCGACAAAGAGAAGAUGUCAUCACCCUGCUCUCCACCGCUCCCUGGUUCCAGUACUAAGCGUCCAGCAGGCAUGUCAAAUGUCCUAAGUCGUAUUGGGGGAAAGAAACAGAAAAUGAGUACAUUGGAAAAGUCAAAAAUGGACUGGGAUGCUUUUAAAUCUGAGGAGGGCAUCACCGAGGAGCUGGCUAUCCACAACAGAGGCAGAGAAGGGUAUGUGGAGCGGAAGAAUUUCUUGGAGCGCGUCGACCACCGCCAGUUUGAAUUGGAAAAGGCAGUACGACUGAGCAAUAUGAAGCAAUGACACAGACUGACAACACACGCACUCGCACAGAGAACAGAUUUUUUUUUUUUGUUUCCUGCAGCUCUCUUUCUUUCUCUAAUGAGACAGGUGCUGUUGUCCCUUUAAAGUGAGCUCAAACUACUGUUCUUGCUCGAGUCUAUUUCAGGCCCGGUAUAUUAAUAGGCUCAGUUUGUAUGAAGGAAGGUUGCUGCGUGUGCUUCCAUCCUUGUGUAACCAAUAACGAAUCUCAGACCUUAACACUGCAUCCCUCCUGCUUCCUCAAGUGGCUGAUUUAAGACCUCAAGGACGGAUUAAAAACCACACUGGUUUAUUGUAA